AUGCGGUCUCGGCCCCAUGGCACGCCGUGGGGAGUGCCACCUCCACGGGCUUUCGCCCCACCUGCCUCCUUCGGCCCUGCGCCGAGCAGAUCCCAGAAGCAGGAUGAUCGUCGAUGGUCCGAGUGGCAAGAAGCGAGUUCUCGCGUGUACGAGGAUGCGCAAGCUGCCGUGAGGCUGACAGGGACCAUGUACCAAGACAACAAGCAGUUCGGCUUCCUCGUGCAGGACAAGACUCGCGAAGAAGUCUUUGUCCUGCCGCUGUCCUGCCCUUAUGGCGUGCUGCCCGAACCUGGGACAAGGGUCGAGUACACCAUCUGCACCGACAAGAGAACUGGUAAGCCGCGUGCAGAAGACGUCGUGCUGGAGGGCCACGGUCCACAGUCAAAGUCGGCACGGUGGCAACCGAAAGAUGAAACAGUGCACUGGCGAAGCCAGGAUUUCUCAGACUUUUCUGUCACCGGGGAGAUUACCAAGAGGACCCCGAAAUACGGCUUCAUCACGUCAGAAGAGUGUGACGACCGGAUUCUCGUCAUACCCUCAAACUGCCCGGGUUUUGGUGGCGAGCUGCCUCCGCUGGGUGCCGUCGUCACAUGCACUGUGACGAAGCAGCGCGCCAGUGGGUCGAACACAGACGCCUACUUUGCUUUAGAUGUGCACCCUGCCAAGCCUGACGGGGAAGACGAUCGAUACACUGGAGUCAUCGAUGGGGACCAUGGCAACUAUGGCUUCAUUCGUUGUGACCAGCAUCCUGACCACAAUCAUGACAAGAUGUUUGUGCUGCCAUGGUCGUGCGAAGGAGGAGAGAUGUUCGAGAUCGGCACGCCAGUGUCUUUCAGCAUCGUCGAAGAUCGCAAGACCGGCCGCCCUCGCGCAGAGGAUGUGGUCAGAUUUUCUGGCUCGGCGCCUUCAGCUUCAGGAGCUCCUGGGUCUCGAGCGCCCCGCGAGCCGAGCCAUCCUCCAAAAGCACGUCGUGAGCAGCGAGGAUCAGUUGAAGGCGUUACCGUUGAGCUUCGCAGAGGGCAGCUUGCACGCGACAACGGGACAUUCGGGUUCAUCCAGCCAGAUGGCAAUGGCGGGGAUGUCUUCGUUCUUCCCUCCCAGUUCGAGGGUGGCGUCUUCCCUCCAGUGGGCACGCGGCUGGCCUUCAAGGUGGCCCCGGACGCCGGGCGGCAGGGCGAGCGGCCAAAGUGCACGGAUGUCCGCAUCCUGCAGGCCACACAGGUGGUCAGCCCUCCAAAUCCGAAGCCCAGCUCAUCUCCCGCGACUCCCUGGCAGCGAGCCAGGAAGUGGGAAGCUCCGGAAGCUCAGCCCCCGACACCGUUGCAAUCCAAGAGGGAGGCCUGCGCGUGGCGGCAAUUCUGCGAUGCCGAGGGCGGAGGGGUUUAUGAUCCCGAGGAGCAUGGCGCCCCAUUCUUAAGGCGAUUUGUGAAGACUCUCCUUCAUCCCGAGAACGGGUCGCUCGGCAGCAGCCACCUUCGAAGUACCGCAGGACGACUUAGUGUCGCAUUCGAAGGCUGGAAGGGUGACACCACAUGCCUCUGGCUGGCGCUGGAUAAUGGGGGCAACGGAACUGCUUCUCUGGAAGAGCUGGACCCCAGCUGCGCGCGGCAGCUGGCGAGGUUUCGCAGCUUUGGCGAGAAACGCUUUGGCAACAGGCACGUCCUUUUUGAUCGUUUUUCGGUUAUGUGCAAUCAGAAGGCUUUCAUGAUGCAGGGUGAAUCAGUUCGCAUGGAGAUGAUGAUGUGUGUGCUUCCCCUCGUGUCUGCCACAUCCUACUGUGUGUCUCUCGCCGCCGGCAAGGAUUUGUCGAUUUCAAAGCAGGUCUUCCUGCUUCAGGCGACUCUUCUGUUUCUAUUGGCAGCUGUAUCUGCACAGCUGAAGUUUAUGAACUCGUUGAACAGCUUCGUCUACUUCAUGGAGAACCCUCGCCACAGCAAUGGCUUGUUGAGCACUUGCGCAUUUAUUUCUAUUCGGCUCUCCAUGGCUGAAGUGAUGAUGUCCUGUGACAACGAGGAAGUUUUGCAGAUCUCUUUUGAGAUGUUUGAGUCCGCCGUCCUGUGCAUGUGCGUUUUGGAUGAACCAGAGCAACUGAUGAACCAAUUCAGCUGUUUCUGCUGUUUUGCUUGCGGACGGUUUGUGUGGCUAGGCCAGUUCCUGAGGCAGGGAUGGCUGACCGCCGAAAUUCUGGAAUACAUCCAGUCCUUCGUAGAGGAUGACCCGCAGCAAGUGAUCACAUACGCCGGGCUCCUGGAAGAUGAUGGUUCAUCGCAGGUAUCCAGCAUCGAUUCCAUGGACCAAGACAGCGACGACGGCUCAGUUGCCAGCUCCUUGUCAUCCGUUGCUGCCCUGAGGAGAAGCGUGAACGAUCGACUCCGACAUCUCGCGUGCAUUCCAACCUCUGACAUGCACUUAGAAACGCAGCUCGAGGUUGGUGUUUUACGACAAGUGGAUGGUCCGGUGCUUCCGGACCUCUUUGCGCUCCCACAGCAUCUGCUAAGAGAUGUUCAGACUGAGGAAGAAACACAUGGUAACAUUCAGAUGUUUGCUUGGUGGAUUCGUAGUUGGGGUGUGCAGACACUGCCAACUCUUCCUGUAAGCAUCGACGUUGAAGCCAGCUCUCUUUGCAAAGACUUGGAGAUGGCAAAGUUGGCAGUCUUGGGUCAAUGUUAUCUUAUUCGCUGCGAGCGGAAGCUGCAAAGCUCCAUCACAGGUGCAUGCUUGCUUUUGCCGGCCUAUGGCCUCUGGAAAGCGAUCGACAAGCAGGAGAAGCAACGAAUCAGCCACGAUCUCUUCGUUCGCCGAUGCCUUCAGAUGGGGGCAGAAUUCGCGGAGCCCGAGCUCAAGGAGCUUGUGUACUGGCUGGACUGGCAAGAAAAGAAGUGCAUCACCUUCCAAGACAUCGAGUUUUUGGACGGUUGGAGGCCUCCGGCCUACCUGGUGGCAGAGCGAAAUCCGAAGGCUGCCCAGGAGAUCAGGUCGCUGCUUCUCGCGAAAUAUGGCCACUUUCUCAAAGCCUGGCGAACUGUCCUCGACAAGGAUAAUUCCAACGUGUGCAAUUGGGACGAGUUCUACCAGGCUAUCAGAAACCUGAAGUACCAUGGCGACAUCGCUGGGGCUUGGCUGGCGCUGGACGAGGACCUCAGCGGUUCAAUCACCUUGAGCGAAAUCGACAGCCACUCCAGUGAGAUGCUCAUGAAGUUCAAGAAGUGGGCAGUAGAUCAGUAUGGCAGCGUCAGAACGGCGUUUCAGGUGCUGGAUAGAGACCGCUCCAAUGAGCUCUCUCUACCUGAGUUCCGGCACGCAGCCCUUGUGAAUGGGCUGUCUUGCUGCGAUGACGUGCGCUUGUUCAAGUGCCUGGACUGUGGAGGUCAUGGAAGGCUUUUGCUUUCCGACGUUAACUUCCUGGACGACUGGGAAGCCAACGAUGCGGAGGACGAUGAUAAGCUUUGUGCGGGCAUGGGCAUCGACGAAGACCUGGAGACAAAGAACUCCAGCAACACCCAGAGUCGGGUCUGGACGGAAGUACCCUCGGAUUCGAUGUAUGGCUAUGCAACCAUAGCACCUGGGCCAGGAGCCUAUGACCAUCUCGCCAGCUUCGGGGCCUGCUCCCGCAUGCCUACAGCCAGGCACAGUGGGGCCACAAGCUUCCGAAGGCGCCCGGAGAGCUCAUGGCUGAAAACAUCGCUACAGUCAGUCGAGCCAGGCGGCUUUGCCCAGGAUCCGAAGGACUCAGCGACGCAGCGGCGGCACAAGCCCGCCUUUCGUUUCAGCGACCGCCCACGCCUGCCGAAGGAGGAAAGCUAUUCACCUGGUCCGGGCACGUAUUCAGCCCCGUCUGCCUUAAGUGGGCCACGGUUCUCCAUGGGCUGCAGACGAGGCUUUGUGCUUCAUCCGCUCCAGACACCGCCCUUCUCGGCAAGAACGUCGCAAGUGGCCGGCAGAUAUUGCUUCCACUGA